CAGAAAACAGCAAGGCUGGAUUUGCAGCUAUCACAUUAUUGAGGGUUUCUGUAAAUUUAUAGCGAAUAAACACGGGAAGGGGGCUGUUUUUCAGAAAUAAGUGACAGCUUUACGUCAGGACAUCACCGAUGAUAACGUAAACAGAGCAGCGAGGCGGAGGGCGCAGAAAGUCGCAGAGAGAGAGCGCCACGUCACUGAAAGGCGGAGGAGAAAAAAACACACCCGGAAAAUAGAGCCGAGUCCCCGCUUUGUAACAGCUGCUGUCACCGUGUUAUUGGACAUUUUUACACCGAGGAGUUUAACAAAAACAAGCGAAAAUGACGGCGUCCAACUGGGGUCUUAUCAUGAACGUGGUGAACAGCAUCGUUGGAGUCAGUGUGCUCACCAUGCCCUUCUGCUUCAAACAGUGUGGGAUCGUGCUGGGAACUCUACUGUUGUUUUUCUGUUCAUGGAUGACCCACAAGUCCUGCAUGUUUCUGGUCCUCACAGCAAGCAACACCAAAAGACGGACAUAUGCAGGACUGGCUUUCCACGCUUAUGGGAAACCUGGGAAAGCUCUGGUGGAGACGAGUAUGAUCGGCUUGAUGUUGGGAACCUGUAUUGCCUUCUAUGUUGUGAUAGCUGAUCUGGGCUCCAAUUUCUUUGCUCAGCUGUUAGGUUUACAGGUGACGUUUGGUUUCCGUGUGCUGCUCCUGAUCGCGGUGUCCCUGUUCAUCGUGCUUCCUCUGAGUCUGCAGAGAAACAUGAUGUCCUCCAUUCAGUCCUUCUCAGCCAUGGCUCUCAUGUUCUACACCCUGUUCAUGUUCACGAUAGUGUUGUCGUCACUACGCUAUGGCAUAAUCUCGGGCUCCUGGGUGGAGCGCGUUCACCUGUGGCGCUUGAAGGGCGUCAUUCAGUGCCUGCCCAUUAUCGCCACAACCUUCUGCUGUCACCCGCAGGUGUUGCCGACGUAUGACAGCCUGGAUGAGCCGUCUGUCAAACGCAUGAGCACCAUCUUCACCUCGGCUCUCAACGUAGUCACCAUCUUCUACAUCACUGUGGGUUUCUUUGGCUACGUCAGUUUCACUGAGAACAUUGCUGGCAACGUGCUGAUGAACUUUCCCUCUAACCUGGUGACUGAGAUGAUCCGUGUGGGCUUUAUGAUGUCUGUUGCCGUCGGAUUCCCCAUGAUGAUCUUGCCUUGCCGCCAGGCCAUUAACACCAUGCUUUUUGAGCAGCAGCAGAAGGAUGGGACGUUUGCAGCCGGAGGAUACAUGCCUCCUCUGCGCUUCAAGAUGAUCACGCUCUGCAUCGUGUUUGGCACCAUGCUGGGAGGCAUUCUCAUCCCCAAUGUGGAAACCAUUCUGGGUUUGACUGGAGCCACCAUGGGCAGCCUUAUCUGCUUCAUAUGCCCUGCUCUGAUCUUCAGAAAGAUCCAGAAAAGUGGCCUCAUUGCUCAGUUGGUGCUUUUAGUGGGUCUGGGCAUCCUGCUGAUCAGCACCUUUACCACCCUCUCCAUAUCAGCAAGCAGCCCCACCACCAAGGCCCAAGCACCUCCUCCUCCAGCACCCGGCAAGAACAACCUGCUACUGGACCUCCCUGAACUCCCUGACAACCCUCCAAACAAGAAGCCAGUAGAGAUAGAAAAGCCUGUCCUUCCAGUCGUGGAGGUGGCUAAACCAGUAGAGAUGGUCCAGGCUGAGCCCCCCCAGAUUGAGGUGCCUGAGAGGAAGAAGCAGGAGGUGCAGCUGGACCGCCCUGAUGCUGGUGUUGCAGUGCCAGAGGGAGAGGCCCAUCGCCAUGAACCUCCCAUCCCUCAUGACCAGGUUGUAGUGGAUGCAAUGAAGAACAACGCUGAGCUGCAGGAGGACAAAAAACAACCUGUUCCUCCUGCAUGGAGAGGAGAAGAGGAACUAAGGAGGAAUGCAGGUUUAGGGAACGUGAUCAAGGUAGAGGAACAAACAGAGGAGAAAGAGAAACCAAAGCCUGUAGAUACUGUGAAGAAAGAGGAGGUGGAUUUGGGAGGAGGUGAAGUCCUGUCCAACGAGGUGCUGGACAAGCAGGUUGAAGUCGCAGAGAAAAAGCAGGAAGUUUCUAAGCUAAAGAUAGAUCAAGACCUUGGUCUGGUUAAAGAUCUCAAGAAUGAUGCCGUGGUGGAAAGUAAGGCUGCAUCAGCACAAGUCGAUUCUGUGGCCAAAGUUCCAGAUGCUGCAGGGAAACCUCUGCUUCCUGAAGGAGAACAUCAGCCUGCUGCAGAGAAGGCUCCCGCUGGAGACAGCAAGGAUACAGCAGACGAAAAGCUGGAAGAAGGUCAGCUCGACCACGCCGUCCUGCUGCAGGUGAUCAAGGAGCAGCAGGUGCAACAGAAGAGACUUCUGGACCAGCAGGAGAAACUUCUGGCUGUCAUCGAAGAACAACACAAGGAGAUCCACCAGAACAAGCCUGCUGGGGCUGUUGAAGGCGAGGCAGAGAAAGGAGUCCAGGAACAGUUGGAGGUCGGAGAAGCAGGAGCAGCAAAGCCCAAAGAGUCAGUCCUGGCUUCAGAUGUGAAGCAGCCUAAGGAAGGGGUUGUAGCUGCAGCUGGAGCUCCUCAGGCUGCUGUAGCCCAGCCUCAUGUUGUAGCACAGAAUCAAGCUCAGGCUGUGGAUCAGGGUGCUGUGGUCGGAGCUCCUAAAGUGGUUGCUCAAGCAGCUUACAAAGAAGAUGUCCCGGCUGAAGCAGCUGGGGGAGACGAACAUAAUCAGAAUGAGCUUGGGGCGAGAGGAGUGCCACUGGGGAAGAAAAGACCUGAUGACCAUCAGCCUGAAGCUCAAAUCAAUAAGGUAGCUCAAGUUAAAGAAGAGGAAAGAAGUCUAGAUAAGGAAAAAGAACGACUGGAGGUUCAAGCAAGACUGGAAAAAGAAAAGCUGGAGAAGGAGAUAAAGGAGAAACUCGUCCGAGAGGAGCUUGAAAAGAAGCGAGCAGAGAAAGAGAGGAUAGAAAAAGAAGUGCAGGCCAGGGUGGAGCAGCAGCGACUGGAGAGGGAGAGACGGGAGAGGCUGGCAAAAGAGCAGGAGAUGCAGGAGCGAGCGGCAAAGAAGAAAGCAGAAGAAGAGAGACUGAAGCAGAAGGUGCAAAAUGCAGACAAUGAAAUACUUGAGAGGAAGAAAGAGAAAAAAGUGGAGGAGCCGGCUCAGGAGAUGCUUGCCCAGGUGGAGCGAGCUGUAGAAGCUAGAAUCGCCGCACAGGGGGCUGAAGUAGGAGACGGAGACACUUUGAAGAACGGAGGACGAGACCUCAAAGAGAACGCUGUAGCUCAGGCUGACCCAGGAGAAGGAGCUGAAGACUCGGCCGUCAAAGCCAAAGUUCAGCCUCAGGGCUCCCACGAGAAGGUGAGGGAGCAAGGAGAGGUGGAUCUGAGGAGAAGGCGCAGGGAACUGGGACCUGGAGAGGCUGAAGGGGCCUCGGAGGAGAAUGGAGCAUCCAGGGGGGUGCCCGGGCUGGAGCCUCUGCUGAAUCUGGGGGGCUCAGACCUGCAUGCAGCCCUGGAGGAGCAACUAAUGGCUGGGGUGAUAGUGCACUCAAGGCAGAUUAAAGAAGCCUCAGAGGACGAGAGGAUGAAAUAACAAACACAGACAGAUACACAACAUACACCUGCAGAAAACUGUAAAACUGUGGACCAGAGCUGUUUUCACACGUGCACUCCUCAUAAUUUCUUGAAAAAUUUUACCAGUCUGCCCCUGAGAUCUUUCUCAGUUAACUCACAUCUCUCACAGAAUGAAUAUUCCUUAUAGAAGGCUCUCAGGAGGCAAUGCAUGAUGUUAAAAAGACAAUACAGAAAUCUAAGAUGACAGACGAAGCCAAAGAGUCCGACACUUUUUUGCCUUUAUUUCAAAGCUACAUGUAUUUGUAGGAUUCACAGCAUCAAACAAGUGAAGAGGCAUCCAGACAAGCAGGAAAGAGUAACAAGAAAUAGCUUUGUUGCAUCGUGCCCGAACAACACGCAAGUAUCAAAAUUGACACUCCACUUUGUACAAUAAGCUCUGUUCAGUAAGGAAAGUUAUAAAAAAAGACCAAGGAAAUGUUUCUGUCCGACACUCCUGAUUUCUUGUCAUCUCUCUAUUUCCUUGUUCCUUGCCAUCUCAACAUGAGCAGCAGAAAGGAAAAUAGGAACAGGGCGGUGGAAGUAAAGCGUUGCGCUGCUUUGGUUGCAUGCUGUCAGGAUACUACAAUAGAAAUCAGUCAUCAACCUGGUUUUGUUGUGUGUAGUUAGGACACUGUUACAUGCAUCGAUGCAGCACUAAUCACCCAUCAGUCAUGUGAUAUAAACAUCAUCAACCCAAUGAGCUCGCUUGUAGGGAUGUAAUGAUGCCUCACAAUACAAUUUAUAAAUAUGAAUGUAAACAAUUUACAUCAUUUUGAUACAAAUAUAUAGUGCAAAUUUUUUUUUUGUUAGCAGUAGAGGGAACUAUCUGCUUUUGUCACCUUUUCUCAUGCCCUUUUCACACUUGCAUAAAAUUCCUGAAAAUUUCCUGAAUUAACCUGGAUGGACUGCAUGUGUGAAUGCAAACAGCAGAGUUUUUAACCCUGACUUCACCGUGAAAUUUUCCUGCUAGCCCCCUAGUACUUUGGGAUAGGUCUAGUUGUAGACCACAGAUCUCAGACACCCCCUUUGCAGACCACAUCUUUGGGAUGCUGCAUCUGCCAGGACGGCAAUGAUAUAAUCAAAAAGGGUUUGGCUGUAGACCGUGCAUGUCUGACAGCCACCUUUAUAGCCCCUUCAUCUGAGACACCGUAUAUCUCAGGAAGUGCCAUAAUUUGCUGGUUUUUGCUGUAUUUCCAGUUUUAGUUUUAAUUUUUUUUUUUUUUCAAAUUCAACUUUAUUCAUAAACAAAGUCUAGUAGUUAAAUUUAUGAAAUAAUCACAUUGCAAACAUUACAGACUAAGAGACAUUUCAUGGAUAAAACAGAGAAAAAGAUCAGAGGUCUAAUCCAGAAGUAAAUUAUGUGUGGAACCAUUUUAGACGUAGUUACACUAACAGUGACUUGCUUUAGCUUUGUAAGCUCCAGCUAAAGCUAAUUACAUAGUUACGCUAUGUAACUACGUAAUUAACUUUACGACAUAGGCAAGUGCAGCUAAAGCUAACGUAGCUACUUAUAUUAUGUAUCAAUGUAGUUUACACAGCUGCUUUGUGAGCUUAGCUUUAGCUAUGUAAGCCUCAUAGCUUUGUUGGCUUUGUAGCUACAUUAGCUUUGUAGCUACGUUAUCUAUGGCCUAGUUAGCUUUAGCAACAUGAGCCUUAGCAAAUGUAGCUAGAGCUAAUUUAGCUAUGUAGAUAACAUGGAUCAACAGCUUACAUAGCAGCUUCGCGAGCUUAGCUGUAGCUAUGUUGUAGACGUAGCUUACACAGCUAAUUCAGCUACAUAAGCUAAGUUUACUGUGUUGUCACAGACAAGCUUUUUACUCUUCUUUAUAAAACGUUUUUAAAAUCAGGUUUUUCAGUUCCAGUUUUUAAGUUUUAACAAAGUCUAAUCCUAUUUUAUUUUCAAAGUCUUAGCUUGUUUUUUCAUUCUGACAUACGGUGUCUCAGGUGAACAUCUGCAGCCACACUGUCUUGACAGAAUUUACCGGAACAACACAUGAACAUUUUUUUAACUUUUUUUUUUAAUUCAACCUUAUUUAUAAACAAUGUCUAGCUGUUAGAUUCAUGAAAUAACCACACUGUAAACAUUACAGAAGAAGCAAAAUUUCAUAAAUACAACAGAAGAACGGUCAGAGGUCUAACCUGGGAUUAAAAUUUUGCAUAGGCCUGUUCUACGGUAGUUACGCAAACAGUGGCUUGUUUAGCGUCAUUAACUCUGCUACGCUGGCUUUAGCUUUAGCGGCGUGGGCUUUAGCAAAAGUGGUUAAUGUUAACAUAGCUAAUUUAGCUAUUUAGGUAACAUUGCUAACAAAAUAAGUUAGCUUUAGCGGACAAAGCAUACGCUUACGUAGCUUAGUUGUGUUAGCUAUGUACCUAUUUUACGGGAAUGAAAGGUGAGUUUAUGGGAUUUGCGAAACUGAAAGGUGAAGUCUUCAGCUAUGUCCCGUACACAGCUAACGCAGCUUUUUUAACUUUCGCCUUAGCUACAUUAUCUGCGUUAGUGUUCUCAUGGAGGUUGAGCUUUUUUUCCUGUAAGCAGACUGUUUACUUGGCUUUAUUAAACAUUUGGUAAGUAGGUUUUACAGGUCAGAUUUUUUAUUUUUAACUUUUGGUAGCCUAACCCUUACCCCGAUGCUAACCUGGAGUUUCGUCCAAUUUUAUUUUGAAAGUGUUGGCGUGUAUUUCUGUCCUAACAGAUGCAGCGUUUUACAGUAAGGGUCUGCAAGAUGGGACGUCUAAGAGCUGCAAUCCACAGACUGUCUUUAGUAUUUUCUACAUGUGUGAACAAGCAAAUCAGGAUUUUUUUUUUGUGUAGGUUACCCUAAAAUUACCCCAAACAUUUAUAGGUUGAAUGUAUGAAAACAGCAUUAGAUAUCAGCAGCUGAACCAGUAGCACUUUAAAAAGUCACUUUCUAUAAGUUUUAGUUUUUUAUUUGUAAGAAUGGAACCUCAAAUAUGAAUGGUAUUACUUUUUAAUAAAAGAAGUAUAUUCCAUUUUUAUAGUCAGAUAAUUAAAAUAAAAAAGAUCAUAUUCAUAGAUGAAUUAAAUUAAAUAUCUUUAUUUAAACUGAAAAUUAAGAAUCGUGAUAUUCAUAUUGUGAGUUAAUUGUAUUGUUACAUCCCUACUGGUUUGCCAUGAUAUUCCUGAAUAUUUCCUGCUGCGUUCGUACGCCAGCCCACCCAGACUCCACUUCCAGGUGAAGUCGUGUUGAUAAGUUGUUCUCUUUGUUCACACAUGCAGCUCAGUGCAUGUGUAAAAACACCAUGUUGAUACCGUUGCCUUAAAUCCUUUCUCGACUUCAGAAAUGUUCUAGACUUGGAGGGACAGUUUCUCCUUCUCGAUACUGUUCUCCAAAUAUAAACCAAAGUCUUUAUUAAAGAGCAAGGCGUCUGUAAAUAUUAACUUAUUUUGUCUGUAUGGAAGAGGAUUUAAAGAGGUUACUGUUGAAAUGUAUAUAAAUCUAUGCAAAUACUAUUUUGUGUUGAGUAUUUGGACAGGGUUGGGUUAUAAAUGUUUGUAUGAGUCUGUUAAGUUCCUUUUCAUUCAGCAGCUUUAUGAGGUUGGUUGUUUUAUCGUCACUUGUGUAGAUUUUGAUGUCUAAUGUUGCGGUCACUUUGGUUCAUCUGUUACAUCAAAGUGUAAAUACUGUAAACUUGUCUUGUGGUUAAGGUUUAGGGAUUCUCUGUACCUUCCCUUAACCACUUAUUGGAUGUAUUGUGGGUUAAAGCGCCUUAGUGUUGUUUCUCUAUACUUUCAAAUGAAAGUAAGUGAAUCCAGCCUCAUUCUGGAGCUGUGAGCUGUAUAAAUGAUCGUGUAGCCUUACUGUUUGAUAAACUGUGGACAAUAAGCAGCUUGAUCCAUCUGGAUCUAAGCUGUAGUUACAAACCAUUCCAUCUUCAAAAUCUCUUUUUGAUUCAUCAGUGCCUUUUUACCAGUAUGCUGCAGUGGUGAACUUACUUCCUCCAUCCACUGGAUGUCCUACUGUAAAGUUAACCGACUCUCACAUUGUAUUAAGGACUGGAGGAACAUAGGGAUAAUGUUUGUAGUUUAUCUUAGUAAUCCAGCUCCUCUAACUCCAUCACCUAGCAUUUCAACACAUGCUGGACCUUUGCUUUGUACAAAAGCC